UAAAGGAAUAUAAUUCAGUUUUGGAUUUAUCCCAAGCAUUUUAUUGCAUUCCUUUAUCUCAACAAUCCAGACCACUUUUUGCAUUCACCUACAACAAUAACCGUUACCAGUGGACCCGCCUCGUAAUGGGCGGAGCUGACAGUCCCUCGAUCUUCAGCCGUGUACUCGCGACUGAUCUGCAAACUUUCACUGACCUUUUACCUACUUCUGUUUUUCUAAUACAGUAUGUUGACGACCUUCUGCUUUCUGCAGACACUGCUGAACUGUGCCAACACUACACUUGUGCCUUACUUCUGCAUUUGCAUACAUGUGGUUACAAGGUCAAUCGUUCAAAGCUGCAAUUUUGUCAAACCUCAGUUACUUUUCUAGGCAUGACACUCAGCAAGGGAGCCAAACUCAUGGGCCCCCAGGUGCUCACUGAUGUCCAACGUAUGCAUUUACCUACCUCAGUCAAAGAAUUACGCAGUGUUUUGGGUUUGUUUAACUUCUGUCGCUUAUGGAUUCCUGCUUACAGUUCUCGCAUACUUCCUUUCAGAAAAUACCUCAAAGGCAACCCUCCUGGUUAUGCUUCUGUCUCUCUGUCUCAAUCUGACUCUACUGCUCUUGAAUGUCUAAUGUCUGAUAUUUUGCAGGCCCCACAACUCCAUUUGCCGAACAGCUGUGAGCCUAUCUACAUGUACGUUUUUGCAAACGCAAUCUGUUGGGCGGCAGUAGCCACCCAACAAGAGGGAUGUAUUAUAGGACACUUUUCAGGAAUUUUUACACCCAUAGAACAAGCUUUCACUUCUUGUGAACGUAACAUAUGCGCUUGUGCAGCAGCUGUAGAAAAACUCUAUUCACAUGUAAUUGUUCCCAGUGUUACCAUAUACACCUCACAUGACGUGCCAGCACUACUCAAAAGUAAUACAUUACACUUUGUGCCUGCACGCGUAGGACAAUGCACGGCUGUGCUCCUACGAAGUCACAUUUCUUUCAAAGGAAUGCCUCCAACUAAUCCUUUCAAUAAUCUUAAAGAUUUAUUGUUGUUCUCGGCUGAGAACCAUGAUUGUACCUCUGAGGAAAUUCCAGAGGAACGUCCCUUUAUGGGUAUUGUCCCAGUAACAGAUUUACCACCGUCACAUGUUGUAAUUUUCUCUGACGGUUCACAGACAGAAACACAUACGGGCUUUGCCGUGUGUCAGAUAGAUCCUGACACCAAAGAAAUUAUACAGAAAAAACAAUAUGCAUUACCACCAGAUACAUCAGCCCAAUUAGCAGAGAUAGCCGCCGCCUUAGAAGGUUUCCGGCUCAUGAAUGACAAAAACGGAGUUCUGUAUACAGACUCAGCUUAUGUCACUACCACCACACAUACAAAUGCAUCUAAAUGGCACAAGAGAGGUUUUGUUACAGGAAAAGGAACUCCACUACAACAUCAUGACACGAUUCUUGCUAUAAUGGAAGUACUACAGGAAAGACACAACAAAGGUUUAAAAACAUCCUGUGAAUGGGUAAAAGCACACCAACAUAAUGUCACAGAUAUUGUCGCAUACGGCAAUCAGAUAGUUGACGAACUAGCAAAACAAACCACAAACCCACUAACCAUUUUUGUACAAACACGAGCUAAGAAAUAUCUUUCCACUUCUAACCCUUUUGCACCCAUCAGAGUAAUGCAAGAAAGUGCCACUAGUGCAGAAACAGACAAAUGGGUGGCUAAUGAGUGCUCUCAUUACUAUCACAAUAAUGAGCCUCCAUAUAUUUGGAUGCACCCUUCAGGUGUACCAGCAUUACCCAUAGGUGAGUGCCACCUAUUGGCCCACCAGUUACACUACGGGUCACAUAUGCCAACAAAUGACUUGAUCAAUACUAUAAGGGAAAUGUACUGGUGCCCAGAUUUAAAAGAUAUUUGUAAAGCUGUGGUCAAUACUUGUAAUGUUUGUUUUACCAACACCAGUCAUCAAACUCCAAGGAUUCCUCCUGGAGCGAUUCCAAGGCCUGCUGGCCCCUUCAGAGAAUGGCAUAUCGAUUUCACGGACAUGGUAACUCCUUGCAAAGGAUACAGGUCGGAGAUCUAGUCUACAAGAGAAAUUUUACUCGUAGCCGUUGGGACCAACCUAUAUAUUCCGGUCCUUUUAAAAUACAACAGCUCUCCCCCACUGCCGUAUUACUUGAAAACCACGGGACAUGGA